AUGGGUCCCACCAGUGGCCCCACCUCUGGGUCUCUGUUAUCCCAUUCCCCCCUGACCUGCCCCCACCAAGGACCCAGGACACCAGGGACCCUGGAGGCCAGGGCAGGUGCCCUCUCAGCUCUGACCAGCCAGUGUCUGGAACCUGGCCACUGUCCCUACCACAGCGUGGGGAGUGCGUCGGGGGCUCUCUUCAAGCUGACUCUCGGGCUUGGGGACCUGUCGGGCCCUGAGCACUCCAAGUUUCCACUCUUCUUCCUCUUCCUCCUCAUCACCUACGUGAUUCUCACCUCUGUGCUUCUCCUCAACAUGCUGAUUGCCCUCAUGACUGAGACCGUCAAUAUGGCGUCCUCCAGGAAUGAGAAAAUCUGGCGUGUACAGAGAGCCAUCACUAUCUUGGACCUGGAGAGGUGUCUGCCCGAGGCCUGGCGGUGGUGGCUUCAGGAAGGCAAGAUUCACUCUAACCUGGAGGUGGGGCUGACCCCGAGCCAAGAAAGAGACCUGAGGAUAUGCUUGCGGGUGAAUGAAAGGAGACGGGCAAGGGCCGCCGGGAGGAAUCAAGUCAUGGGCAUCAGUGAAGACCCCCGCUGUCCCCACAGGGUUCUGUGUUGGACAGUUCCAGACUUCUCUGUUGGGAGUGAGGGGUUGUCCAUGUGGAGGUGACCCUAAGCACAAUGAAGAAG